GGCUACCUCCUGGCGACGGUAUUCGUCAUUGGUAACCUUUGUGCCUGGCAGGAGAACGUUCGACCCAAGCUCUACGUCACGCUAGCCGAUAAAGAGUACCUUCGGUUCCAGGGCAACGAAUCGACGAGCGAUUAUUUCAAGCUGGUGCUGCGCGAUCCGAACAGCAACAAUCUGCUAGUGGGUGCACGAAACAUCGUCUACAAUCUCAGCAUCUACGAUCUGGCAGAAACGACGCGUCUCUCGUGGUAUUCAUCGGACGACGACAUCAAGAUGUGCAUUGUAAAGGGCAAGGAUGAGGAUCUCUGCCAAAACUAUAUCCGGGUGUUGGCAAUCCCUGCCCAGGGAUCGCUGCUGAGCUGCGGGACGAACGCAUUCCGGCCGAUUUGCCGAACGUACUCCAUCAAUGGUAACAACUACUCGAUGGAGACGGAGAAACCUGGCCAGGCAAUGUGUCCGUACGAUCCAACCCACAACUCCACCGCUGUGUUCGUAGAUAACGAACUUUAUUCGGGCACUGUUGCUGAUUUCAGUGGACUGGACCCUAUCAUCUAUCGCGAACAUCUACAAACCGAACAAUACGACAGCCUCAGCUUGAACGCGCCCAACUUUGUCGGAUCCUUCACGCAGGGUGACUUCGUGUACUUCUUCUUCCGCGAGACGGCCGUCGAAUUCAUCAACUGUGGCAAGGCCAUCUUCAGCCGUGUUGCGCGUGUGUGCAAAUGGGACAAGGGUGGUCCGAAUCGACUGAAGAACCGCUGGACGUCUUACCUGAAAUCUCGUCUAAAUUGCUCCAUGCCGGGCGAUUUUCCGUUCUAUUUUGAUGAAAUACAAUCCACCAGUAAUCUUGUCGAAGGCAGAUACGGACAUGCCAACUCUAAGCUCAUCUACGGUGUGUUCUCUACGGCACCGAACGCAAUUGCAGGAUCAGCAAUAUGUGCAUUUUCACUACAGGAAAUUUCGGACACGUUCGAGGGUAACUUCAAGGAGCAAAGUGGACUUAACUCGAAUUGGUUGCCAGUAAACCCGCUGAACGUUCCCGAUCCACGGCCCGGCUCGUGCCAUAACGAUUCGCGCACCCUGCCCGAUCUGACGCUCAACUUCAAAAAGACCCAUUCGCUGAUGGACGAAACCGUGCCCGCAUUUUUCGGCUCUCCGAUCCUGACGCGCGUCAGCACGAUGUAUCGGUUCACUGCAAUUGCCGUAGAUCCACAAAUAAAAACGCCCGGUGGCAAGACAUACGAUGUCAUCUUUGUUGGUACAGAUCACGGUAAAAUCCUCAAAACGGUUAACGCUGAAUCGGCCGACUCAAACAAGAAGGUAACGUCGGUGGUGAUCGAGGAAAUCGAUGCACUUCAAACGAACGAACCUAUUCGGACGCUGGAAAUCGUUCGCACAACACAGUACGACACUCCCAAGGAUGGCAGUUACGAUGAUGGAAAAUUAAUUAUAGUCACCGAUACGACCGUGCUGGCGAUCAAAUUGCACCGCUGCAGCAGUGAGAAGAUAACAAGCUGCAGUGAGUGUGUAGCGCUGCAGGAUCCGUACUGUGCCUGGGAUAAAAUAGUGGGCAAGUGUCGGUCACAUGGUGCCCCCCGGUGGUCUGAGGAGAAUGUAUUUUACCAGAGCGUGGCCACCGGUGAUCACGCGGCAUGUCCAUCUGGCAAGAUGGCAAAGGAUGCAAACGUCGUCGAACGACAGGGCUACCGAGGUACGUACGAACAGUUGGAUGCGAGAGAAAGAAUUAUCGUCCAGUUCUUGCUUGAUAAAAUCAGUAAAAGCUUCGACAGUAUUACACCCGAUCUGAUUAACGCUCAAUAUACGGUAGAGACGCUAGUCAUGGCCGUAUUGGCAGGGGCAAUCUUUGCUCUGCUGGUCGGUUUCAUUACCGGCUACUUCUGUGGUCGCCGAUGUCACAAGGACGAGGACGACAACCUACCAUAUCCGGAUACCGAGUAUGAGUACUUCGAACAGCGUCAGAAUGUUAAUCGGAUACAAGCCGAACCGAAGCUACUACCGCAGGUCGAAGAAGUGACCUACGCCGAGCCUGUACUAUUACCUCAACCGUCUAGUCAGAAUAAGAUGCAGCAUUCGCCAAAAAAUACGUUAAGGAAACCGAUGGGUCACCAUCAUGGCGUCAACUCGGAAACGUUGUUCCAGUUCCAACCGGACAACUACAAUAAUGCUCGAGACAAUUACCGAGGCCGAGACAACUUCGGCACCCUUCGAUCCCAUCAGGUACGUUAAGCAGGUGAUAAUUAUCGUCGCGGUGACGGAUUUUCAACGACAAGAAGUGUCAAAAAAGUCCUUAAUUCAAACACUCGUAACAGAAGUCUCGGCCGUAUGAAAAGGCAGCCGCCCCGGCAUGGUAUGGUAACACAACAUCGUUCCGACAGUCCACACCAUUCCAGCUCCGGAUCUUCCCCAGUCAUGUCCAACAGUAGCUCUAGUCCUGCGCCUCCAUCCAGCAGUCCCAGCCCACAGGAAAGCCCCAAGAACUGUAGCUACAUCUACCGGGAUUGA